UCCUGCUGCCUCGGUUCCUGGUCUAUAUUUUACAGAGAUUGGUAGAGUCGGUUCUGUUAAGCGUUUGAUGUGGUGGAUAACCCUACCAGACUCUGUGGUUGGUCAAGUUACCAAUAUCGAACUUCCUCCAACGAUUUGAAUUGUAGUCUUAUUCAAUUAAGGUCACCAUUGUGUGUCCGUGGUUGCUUAGUGAAAACAAUAGUGUUUGUCUACACGGCUAAGUAACACGGGAGGUGUGUACUGGUGAGACGACGGCUCGGAGAAACUAUAUGUCUGGAGAAAUCCUGCCAUCGGUUCAGGGAAUUAUUGAUACAUUGUGAGUGUGAUUUCAUACAGGGCGAAUGUCCAAGUUAAUAGGAGUUCGUCUGCCUAGGUGGUGAAGCUGACACGGUGUUCACGUCCAGUGGAUCAGACACAUCGCUGACCAGGACCACGCCUACGAAGGAUCACCCCAACACAGUAUGACAUAAAACAGGAAAUAUUCUCAGAUGUAUGAACAACUGGAUGUACUGUCAUCCGAGGUCAGAAGAAAAAAAGAUACAUGACGAGUGAUGAAUGUUAGCUGCCUACUACUUAUCCUAGUCACACUAUAUGAAGUUUCAGACGCUGUUGUCUUCGGUGGAUGGGGAGACUGGGGUGAAUGGUCUGAGUGUUCAGUUACUUGUGGAUACGGGACUAUCAAGCGGAGCAAGGUCUGGCUAAAGGAGGACGGAACCGUCUUCAACUAUACCUACAUAUCAUUUGAUGAGUGCUGGACUAAGACGCCGUGCCCAAUAAACGGUGCCUGGAGUGGAUGGACAGCUUGGAGUCCAUGUACAGUGAUGUGUGGAAACGGAACUCGAGCUCGAACGAGGCUAUGCAAUUCUCCGGAGCCAAUUAACUUUGGAGAACCCUGCGAUGGGGAUCCUUUAGAAGAGUUUGGCUGUAACGAACAGGCAUGUCCAGAUUUGCCGCUAAACUUCAACAUGGAUGUAUGCAACAAGACAACAUUUGUGUGUCACAACGAGUUACAGUGUGUAGAGGAUUCACGGCAUUGUGAUGGGGACCUAGACUGCCAUGACGGAAGUGACGAAAAGGACUGCUACCUAUACCUCAGUAUGAAUAGUAAUGAUUGUGUUUACAUAUCAAGCCAGUCAUUGGCCCUAACAGUGUUGGGACUACUCUUCACAAGAACUCUACAAUAUUCCUGACAUCGGUUGAGUGUAUGGAUCAACGGAGAACACUGUCCAUUAAACAAUUGUGAUAUUAACAGCGAAAGUACGUGACAGUUACUAUUUUUAGAUACGUAACGUAACUACUUUUAGGACUGAAUACAUGAAAAAACCCAUCUUAUUUAAUAUUGUGAUAAUUGUAUAUAUUGUAUACAUUGAAAAUUAUAUUUCACUCUGGUAAGUGAAAACAUCAUUACGUGUGAGAAUUAUCUAAAGUUUUGUAUAUCGUCUAAAGUUAUGCGAUAGUUUAUGGAAUAUUGUUAGUCAUACAUUCACCAUAAAAGGCAAUCAUGUUUAAUUGAUUUUAUUUAACGUUACAAAUGUGAUUAGAAGAUGUAUUGUCAUUUUUGUUACGUGACAGGAUAAACACAUUAUCAACGAAAACUAGAUAUUUUGCACAUUGGGAUUUCUUUUCACUAAUUUCCAUUGAGCCAUGAGAAAACGCAUAUGCAGUUAUGUAUUACUCGUUAUUAUCAAAUAAGUACAUGUACCUAUAUCUCGUUUCACCCAAGUAUUGUACUUGUGUGGGUUGAUUAUAUCGACAUUCAUAUACUAUAUAGUAACAUCAAGACCACUGGUACAAAGUUGAUUGAGAAGAACGAUACAUUGUUGGGUCACAGUAGUCUAAUAGUAAGACACAUGGCUACGUGCCCAACAGGUCGCUAGUUCGAGUCUCGGUAUGGUGGUUCAGUGUUAAGAGACAUGGCUACGUGACAGAAAGGUCGCUAGUUCGAGUCUCGGUAUGGUGGUCCAGUGGAAAGACACAUGGCUACGUGACCGACUUGUCGCUAGUUCGAGUCUCGGUAUGGUGGUUCAGUGUUAAGACACAUGGCUACGUGACAGAAAGGUCGCUAGUUCGAGUCUCGGUAUGGUGGUCCAGUGGAAAGACACAUGGCUACGUGACCGACUGGUCGCUAGUUCGAGUCUCGGUAUGGUGGUUCAGUGUUAAGACACAUGGCUACGUGACAGAAAGGUCGCUAGUUCGAGUCUCGGUAUGGUGGUCCAAUGGAAAGACACAUGGCUACGUGACCGACUGGUCGCUAGUUCGAGUCUCGGUAUGGUGGUUCAGUGUUAAGACACAUGGCGACGUGACCGACGGGUCGCUAGUUCGAGUCUCGGUAUGGUGGUCCAGUGUAAAACACAUGGCUACGUAACCGAUGGGUCGCUAGAUCGAGUCUCGGUAUGGUUUUCCAGUGGACGGACACAUGGCUACGUGUCCGAUUGGUUGCUAGGUCGAGUCUCGGUGCAGUUUUCAUUUUGAACUCCAUUGUAUUCCAGUCGACUCGAAAUGUAAUAUGUCAGUUGUUAGCGCUAAACUAGAAACUCCAACUGUAUGCUUCUCAGGGAGUUGCGAAUGACAUGUGACGGUUGCUAAAGGCCCGAUAACGUCGAUUGCUUUGAGGCGGCUAUAGUGCUGUGAUAAAGUGGUGUAAAACUGAAAAGCAUCAUUAUAAAUGCGCAGUAUUACAGCGUAUUCAGUGAAAUUCAAUUUACAGGAAUUGCUACCGGUAUUUCAAAAUAUGUUUCGAAAUAAUCCACGUCUGUGCGACGAUUUUCUAGUCAGUUGCGACACUGAUGACAUCAGAUGAAUCGACAUGUAUACGCUUAUUCAAGUACAGGUGAUAUGACAUUAAGUUAAAACUUGAUUAUAACAUCAAUUCAAGAAUAUAGCUUUUACGCUUUCAACUUUGAAUACGAUGGACACUUUGCGCCUAGGAAUAUGAUGGACACUUUGCGCCGUGGAAGUGAUGGACAUUUUGCGCCGUGGAAUGUGAUGAACAUUUUGCGCCUUGCUUGGACACAGUAAGAUAAACUUACCACAUAAUAUUAUUAAGUCAAUUGCUUCAUUUUAAUAUACGAUGUAUAAUUUAAUAUUAAUUAAGUGUUGGUUAAUUUAGAUUUUAUCAUCGGAUAUAUAUCGUUUUUGUAUGAUACAAGAAUGGACAUAUCAAAAACAAGAAUAAAGUAUUCAUUAUAUAUUUAUUAAUGUCAGUACGUAAGACAUGCGUAUCUGUUAUUUCGAGAAUGUAGAAAUCCCAGUGUACUACCAAUUGUACCAUUGUUAUUUGUUUAUUGAAUUUUGCAUAGUUUGUAUAAGUUUUUCAUACAAUGUACGUAAAAUUGUGGGAUUUUAACUACGCAAGACCCACAACUGAUCAUGAAUAACUGAUAUCAGAUUUUUAUUUUAAAAAUAACAUAAAUUGAAAGUUAUACAUCCAUUGCAUAAAGAAAGGUUGAAGCAAUACGAAUGGUAAUUUGUGACCAAUCAAAUUUUUGGUGUAAGUACACUCUUUUGUUUAAUUCAAAACGGAAAUGCACAUUUUUUUUAACAAACAUCAGAAAUAUACUUAGAUAAAAGAAAUUGAUGAUAUACUGCCAGUAGUAUAUGAUUUACAUGCAACACGGAAUAAUGAAGUAGAAAUUGGAUGAGGCAAUUAUUUUACAAACAAUAUACAAACAUAUACAGUGAAAAGUGUAUUGUGAUAUUUCUUUUAAAACAUAUUGAGUAAAAUAAAUGUACAAAUUGUUUAUCACGAUAUAUUUUGCGCAUUUAUACUUUUAAUGCAAAGCUACUUAAUAUAAGUAAAUAGGUAUGGACUUAAAGCACAAUGGAAUACCAGUUAAAACAAUAAUGUUAUACGUGAUAAUAUAAUAAUAGACAGAAACUAUAUAACAAUUGUUUGUAUUAUUUUUGUUAAGUAGGAAAGAAGCAUCUAGCUUACUGUAAAUCACAUAUAUUUUGCGUGGGAUUUGUUUUCGCGUUCAUUCGUGGAUAGUCAAUUGCGAUAUCAAAUCCUUCCGGAUUAUUUGUACGAAAAUAAUACCUGUAUGACGGCCAAACUAUCGUUGCCAAUAUACAUAAUGUAGUAGUCUUCGACGAGGCCAUGACUAAAAAUUAAUCAUUCGCGAUUGUAAAGUCAUUUCGAGAUCAGCAUUCGUGUCAUAUAUUCGCGAAUAUGUCUAAAGAGAUAAGUUCGCGAAAUGAAGUAUUCGCGAAAUCCAAGUGAUUUACAGUAUGUAGAAUACCACUUAACAUUUUUGGAUUCAAAAAGAUCUUACUGAAAACGCCUGCAGUAUACACAUAAUUCCAACUAUAAACAUUUUCUCGAAGUUUCAGAUAAAUUUCAGUAUUAAGCUUCAAAAUAUUGAAACGUGUUUAGGUAAACACUGAAGAUAAACUUGUAUUUUUAAGGAAAGUUUUCACAUGGGUAUUGGCUGGCUAUGAAGCUCCCAUUUGAGAGAAAGCCGUUUUUGAAGUUAACACUGUAUGUAUUUCAUAACAUGUUAUACAUCCCAUCCAUUUUAUCGUCAUUGAAAAUAAUACAUUGGUAGAAUUCGUAUACUUCAUAAAUUGAUCAUUUGACGAUAUACAGUAUGUCCUGUCAACUAAAAUAAAACCAUUAAUUAGCAUUGAUAGUGAUAGGAUCAUACAUAAUCAUUAUAACGAUAACGACCUAAGUUGGAGAUGAUUGAUAAAACAAUACUGAACAGUUGUAGGGUGUACAAUACAAACUAUAUUUAAUUAAUAAGUAUAAGAUAAUUACAACAAAAGUAGCAAGUUAUCUUUGACGUCCUUGUCUGUCUGGAUAUGAUUAUCUUUAGAGCCAAACUCAUUCACGGAAAAAAUAGUAAGUACACUGUGUAUUGACUGAUGUUAUUUGUUCUAUCUAUUCUGUCUAAUUUAUUUACGUUACGGUGAACAUUAACAGGUUUCUACAAACAAUUUCCAUUCUUAUUUUAUGUAAAUCUUACAUAAACGUGAUCACCCUAUUAUUUGUUUACGUGUCGCAUCGCCAUGUUAACAAAAAGUACGAAGACCAUUUAACGAAAUUUGAUUUUACGUCGUUUGUUUUACGAUGAAUAUGAACGUUCAUUACGUGAUAACGACAAUUACAUGUAGGAGGUCAUAUAUGUUUAUUUGUAAAUAUGAACGUUCUUUAAGUCGUAACGACAUUUGGUAGGUCAUAUCUGUUUUACGGUGAAUAUGAACGUUCAUUACGUGAUAACGACAAUUGGUGGGUCAUAUCUGUUUUACGGUGAAUAUGAACGUUCAUUACGUGAUAACGACAAUUGGUGGGUCAUAUCUGUUUUAUGGUGAAUAUGAACGUUCAUUACGUGAUAACGACAUUUGGUAGGUCAUAUCUGUUUUACGGUGAAUAUGAACGUUCUUUAAGUCGUAACGACAUUUGGUAGGUCAUAUAUGUUUUACGGUGAAUAUGAACGUUCAUUACGUGAUAACGACAGUUGGUAGGUCAUGUCUGUUUUACGGCGAAUAUGAACGUUCAUUACGUGAUAACGACAAUUGGUAGGUCAUAUCUGUUUUACGGUGAAUAUGAACGUUCAAUAAGUGAUAACGACAAUUGGUAGGUCGUAUCUGUUUAAUUGUCAAUAUGAACGUUCUUUAAGUCGUAACGACAUUUGGUAGGUUAUGUCUGUUUUAUGGUGUACAUGUCCGGUUAUUACGCGGUAAUUCCACUAAUACACGUACACGUUUACAAAUAAGCAGACUUUAAUAUUAAAAGUUAUAUGUUUUCAUUGCAUCAUGGAUAAUAUACAUGUAAUUGUAUGCUACAUUCCCUUAUCAUAAUACUAUAUAUGCAAUUUAUGCUAAUAAUGUACUUGUUAUAUUCAAAUUGAGAUAAAUAAUAAAAUAUCAUACAUAUA